AUGUCCGGUCACUGGCUCCAAGUACCUCACGAAACCUUGAUGCGUACACCAAAUAACCGCCUCGCAUUUCAGCAGCAGCAGCAGCAAAAGCACCGCCAGAGGCCGAGGAGUAGUAGUAGCUGUGAGUCGAUAACGAGUAGGAGGGAUCACGAUAUGGCGAGUCAUGCUACUACAACACAAGGUGCUCGUGGCGUGCCUGUGCGGACACAUGCUACGCUGGGAAGUAGUUUGUCUGUUGAGGUUCUGUUGAGGGAUUAUGCUGUUAAGCAGACGAUAGGGCAAGGUGCAUUUUCAAAAGUCAAGCUCGGGGUGCAUAAUGAGACCAAACAGAAAGUCGCAAUAAAAAUAAUAGACAAGGCCUACUACGAAAAGCAAAUAACACAAGGAUCCACACAAUCCUCCAAAAAAUCAAAAGAAUCCGAAGAAAAGCAAAUCAAGGUACCUAAAAACAAGCGGCUUGCUGGACAUGCCAAGACACGUGGUGAUAGUGGGCUGUUACGAGAGAUUGAGCUGAUGAUGAGGGUUAAUGAUCAUCCGAAUAUUAUACGGUUGUAUCGGGUUAUUGAUACGGUGUCGACUACUUUUGUUGUUAUGCAAUGUGCGACUAAGGGGGAGCUGAUUGAGACUAUUGCUUCGAAAGGUGGCAAGCUGAAAGAGCCAGAAGCUAGACAGUAUUUCAGGCAGAUUCUGAGUGCUAUUGAUCACUGUCAUCAAGCAGGCGUAACGCACAGAGACCUGAAACUCGAAAAUAUACUACUAGACGAUGAUGGAAAUGUCCGUGUUGCAGAUUUCGGCCUGGGAAGAUCAUUUAACGAACGAGGCCUGUACGAAGUCGAACCCUACCUCGGCACAUUCUGCGGCACCCCCGUUUACGCAGGUCCAGAACUAAUAUUGCAUCGCGCAUACCAAGGAUCUAAAGCUGAUGUAUGGGCUAUGGGAGUCGUGCUGUAUGCUAUGGUAGCGGGAAACAUGCCGUUUGCAAGCCCGACCCUUGCGGGGCUGUAUGAGGCGAUUGUGCAUGGGGUUUGGAGUAAGCCCAAGGAUAUUUCUGAAUCUCUGCUGGAUUUACUGCAAUCCAUGUUCAUCGUAAACGCCGAAAACCGCAUCGACGUGGAAGGGAUUAUGAAACAUAAGUGGAUUACAGAGGAUGGGGCGAGUCCCAUGAUACGCACGACACCAAAAGUAACUGCCGCAUCACCUGCAACGUCGAUAGUUACCGGUAUAUCCGGUGAAGAGGCAUAUACGCUAUACAUAAUCGCAGAUCAUGAGGGGCCGAGUAGUAAGACCUCACCGUCGUUUAUAUCUUUUGGGAGGAAACAAUCUAGUGCUGCUACAGGUGCCGAAAUACCGGCACCAUCGUCACCGGACCAGAGUCGAGCUCGAACGAGAGCGAAAUCAGUCACGGUACAGAGCAGGACGAGUAACUCCCCCCGCUCAUCGAUAUUCAGAAAGAGCACAGCAACCAGAAACCAUGACUCGCUAGAAGAGACGCUCAACAGUGACAAGAUGGUUGCACGUGUGCAUCGGAUAUCGCAGGCAGGACGAUCUCAAGGCAGGCCGAGAAGUGCUAGCAGCACUUUCAAACGAAAAACGUCGGAAAAUAUGACAACUGCAACCCACGAGCUUAAGCAGGUACCGAUCAAGUUCGUGCUGAGCACGGAUUCGGAUACCGCUAGCAGUAAUUCGUUCCCGGAUUCUAUUUUGCUAAAGUCUGCUAACGGCAGUGAUGAAUUGCUGCCGCAGAGACGUGGAGGGUCGAGUAUGCACUCGAAGGGUAUGGCGAGGAGGCCUGUAUCGUGGGGCGGCUCGGUAUCAACGUCAUCGUCAACGACAUCACCAAAUGAUUCAUCAAACGGCCUCCCCGCAAACGUCGCAGACAGAAUUGAUUUCGAUGCAUUACGAAUCCUGGAUCGUUUCCAAGCGGUCAAUAUCCUCCCACGACUGCCUAACGAUGAUGGGUCCACACCAGACGGGUCACGAAACGGGAGCGUGACAUAUGGAAGUGUGACAUUCGUCGACCCAUUCUCAUCCUCAUCACAACACCACAUAUCACCAAGUUCGCCAUCACAUCCACAUUCAAAGGCAGCGUCCGUGAAGAGAACGGCGUCAACGCUUGGCCGGGAGAUACCGUCGUCACGGAAAAGUAGCGUUAGUGCAUCAUCACCUGCAAACUCAACCGAGUUGAUGCAAGUGCGGGGAUCGAAUGCUAUGGAAUCGAGAACGACGAGACUGAGUAUUGUGGAGAUGCCAGAAGAUACGGUUACGCCUGAAAUAAUGUUGAAUAAGGCACUGCUGUGUGUUGUUGGUGGACUGAAUCCAAUACUGUCUGUUUCUACUAUGCCGUCGGAGGGGUCAACGAAUAGCAGUGAUGUGGGCAGUCUUGGUGAACCAACGAAUGCGAAUAUAACGACAGUACUCCAUCAGGUGGAAUUAACACCAAUCACGAAUUAUAAUGCUCCACGACAAACAUCAAUCCAAACCCCUGGAUCACGAGCAGUAUCGCACGUAUCCAAUACAUCAACAGCGACAUCAUUAGCACCGCCAAAUUCACCACCAGCCAAUUCAACCGCAUCUCGCCACCAAAAUAGGGACAACAACAACAACGACAACACUGGCCCACUCCACGUCCCCGAAAACAUGCUAGAUGAAUUCCACCGUCUGCACAAACCACCCGCCAAACCAGCCAACGUUGCAAAAUUCCCCGUAUCUCCCAAAACAAUUUCAACUCUCCUCCCACCAAACAUAUUCGUCGAACUCCAUCGUGGAAUCACGCUUCUGCAAUCCAUAUUUUCACAAGAUUUGGGAAACCAUUUGACAUUUGAACGGCCAUACGAUUCGUAUCUGCUACGUGUUAAAUUCUGGAAGGAUGAUGCACGGAUGAUUCAGUUACGGAAUUCGGGCGCGUUGGAAGGGCAGCAGCAGCAGGCUGUUGAGGAGGAGAUAUUGCUGAAUAGUGAGAGGAACAAGUUGGUGGAGUUUGAGGUUGAGGUUUGUAAGGUUUGGUUGUUGAAUAUGCAUGGGUUGAGGUUUAAGAGGCUGUAUGGGGAUCCGAUUGUGUAUAAGGAUCUUAGAGACUCGUUGGUGAAUGUGCUGCGACUGUAG